AAAAUCUCGAGAUCGUCUGUAAAAGUGUAAAAGAAGGCGAUGAUAUUUAAUGUAUUGUAAUACCAUAGGUGCCCCAAAGUUCUAGCGAAGCCUAAGAAAAAAUGAAAACUAUGUGUUCAAGAAGCUGAACCAAAUUAUUCUAUUUUGUUUUCAUUUCAAGAGUUAGUUUAUAAAUAACUAUCAUGGCCAAUGAAGUAACGCCAGCAAAUGAAAUAAAGUUUGAAAAGCUGUGCAAUCUCUUAGAACAAUUGCACAAGAGGAAAAAGCAAAGACAAGAGCAAGAUAAGAUAUUGGGAGCUUUUAUAAACGAGUUCAAAAUGACUGCAUCACAAAUCGUAGGCCAAAAGAACCCCAGCAUUUUUCCUAUCCUAAGACUGCUGUUACCCAAACUGGAUAGAGAAAGGAAUGCAUACAAUUUAAAAGAGAACAAAUUGGGUGUUCUACUGGUCAAAGUUCUAUCGUUGAGCAAGCAGUCGCGAGAUGCUCAAAAGCUGUUGAACUACAGAUCCGUCAGUAAUUCCACAGACAGUGACUUCGCUGGCGUGGCCUACUUUGUGUUUAAGAGUAGACUUAGCCCAAAAUCAGAUGGAUUCACCGUUGGUGAUAUCAAUGAAAUCCUUGAUAAAAUUGCUUCUGCUGAAGUUGGAAAGAAAGCCUCUGUUCUUGAUGACAUGUUCAGUCAUGUGAUAAACAAAGUGACCGCGGAUCAAUUGAAGUGGUUCCUGAGGAUAAUUCUCAAAGACCUAAAGCUUGAAAUAGGAAGCAAUCGUAUAUUAGGGCUGUUUCAUCCCGACGCUCCCGAAUAUUUUGAGACAUGUGGACUUUUGUCCAAGGUGUGUGAAGAACUAGGCGAUGGAGACGCUCGUCCCCUAGAGCUCGGAAUACAGAUGUUCCUAGCCAUAAGCCCCAUGCUUUCUGAACGCCUUGAUGUCAAACAUAUAGCCAGACAACUUUCCUCGGACAAAACUUAUCAGAUAGAAAAUAAGUUUGAUGGGGAGCGGUUUCAGAUGCACAUGGAAAACGGGCGGUUUGAAUACUUUUCGAGAAGAGGGUUUUCCUUUGCCAAGAAUUACGGAAGCUCAUACGACUCCGGGUUGUUGACGCCUUAUCUCAAGGAGUGCUUUUCGUCAGAAGUCUCAAGUAUUAUUCUAGACGGCGAGAUGAUGGGCUGGCACAAGGAACGAGAGUGUUUCAGCUGUAAAGGAAUGGCUUUCGACGUUAAGAAGAUAACGGAGAACUCAAAGUUCCGUCCAUGUUUCUGUGCGUUUGAUAUCCUGUACUUCAAUGGCAGAACUCUAGUGGGGCCGCCGGAGAAAGGAGGUUUACCACUCAGUGAGAGACUUCGUAUUUUAGACAAGAUAUUUGCUAACGUCCCUGGAGUUAUACAGCAUAGUGAACGCCAGAUUAUUUCGCAGAGGACGAUAUUUCCUGAUAUACUGGAAGCUUUGAACAAGGCCAUAGAGAACCAAGACGAGGGUAUAGUUGUCAAAGAUGUGGAUUCCUACUACAUUCCAAAUAAACGCAACGCUGGCUGGUACAAGAUUAAACCUGAGUACACAGAGGGAACUAUGAGCGACCUUGACCUCGUCAUCAUCGGUGCUGAAGAAGCUGCAAACAAGAGACAAGGACGCGCCAAGAGCUUUCUCGUCGCCUGCUCCGAUGGUGGCGCUCCCGGUAAAACGCCUGAUCGCUGGGUAUUAGUGGGGCGAGUAUCAACGGGCCUAACAUUUGACGAGCGUGAGAGUUUGUGUGCCGCUCUCGAACGUCACUGGGUCUCCUACAGACAGACGCCUGCCCCGACUCACUUGUAUUUCAAUAAGGAGAAACCAGACUUCUGGAUAUUACCUGAACAUUCCAUUGUUUUAACGGUCCGGGCGUCGGAGCUGAUCAGAACCACGGGAUUUGGGGCGGAUUAUACUCUUCGCUUUCCGCGUGUCAUGAGAGUACGAGAUGAUAAACCUUAUCAAGACUGCAUGACUUUGGCCGAAUUCAAUCAACUUUGCGCACAUAAAGGACCAGUAGUCAAGUUGAGCACUAAUCUAAUUAAUGGAGAGCAAAUGGAUGAGAUAAAACCCCGGGCGAAACGGAAGACUCAACAGCCGCAAGUCGCCGAGCAGUUUCAGAUCAGCUCAACUGGUGACGUCGAAGCUACGUCAAAAGCAUUGCUCGGAAGAAAAGUGUGUAUAUUGUCGGAUGAUGACGAUUGUAAGCGACCGGAGCUUUGUAAGAUCAUUGAGUCCCACGGAGGGAAGGUUGUGGCGAAUACGGGGUUGGACACAUGGUGCUGCAUAGCGGGUCGUGUCACAGCUCACGUGAAGGCAGUCAUGACGGCUCGAGCAUAUGACGUGUUGCCCACAUCCUGGCUGCGGGCCCUGCCGCCCUCCCCCGCGCCCGCGCACCCCGCGCCUCUCGACAUGCUGGCCCUCAGUGACGUCACGCGACGCAAGCUCGCUCGACACUACGAUGUGCAUGGAGACAGCUAUACGGAGCUAAUAGAUGAAGACACGCUCGUCAAGUGUUUUAAGAAAAUGGAUGAUGAUAUACCGAUCUACCUAACAACUCAAGAGAUGCUGAACUUAGAUAAGGAGAUAUUUGGCGAUAACAACCCACACUCGUUUCUACGCCCGUGCUGCAUACACAUACGGAACCCUGAAAGCAUAGACGCUAUAGUAGCUCGAAUGUACGGGGCCACGGUACUUGACAAUACGGCUUCUCACUGCACCCAUAUAGUUGUACCCACCACUAUAGAUAAAACAGAACUUGAUAAUAUUAAAAAGUCAUCCAAUGGCUUGAUAGUCAGUGAAGAUUGGCUAAAUGAAUGCUUUUCGCAAAAACAGUUAGUUCCUGAAGAAAAGUUUCUUGUUAUGUGACACCGGCUUUAUUUUAUUUCUACUUUUUUAGUAGAAGAAAUAACGAUAUUAAUUAGGUGAUAUAGAUUUGCUGUCUGUUUUAAAGCAAAUAAAAGAUUAUUUAAAUUCUAUGAAGUUAAGAAUUAUCUGUCGGUCUAGUGGCUGAAAGAUGGAGGUGUGCCUGUAAGUUUUCUGAGGAUGUGAUCAUUAGUAAAAUAAUAAUAUUUUAGUGCUUACUGUUUUAAAAAAGUAGGUAACACUGUAUUUUUAUAUUUUUUUAUGUGUAAGUACGUACUAUUCUAUCAUUCGUUAUUCAGUUAUUAUGGAAUAUAUUUUGAUUUAUAUCCUAUGCAUUAGGAAAGAUUUUAAUACAUUUUGUGUAAAUUUACCUUUAUUUUUAUGAAUUAUAUCUUAAACGUUUAAAA